ACACCAGAAGAUGGCGCUGUUCGAUGUGGCUGUUGGCUGCUCCGGUCUGCUCUCGAUGUUACACGUUGACUGUAAACAGCACCCGAUGUUGAGUUUAGAAUGGGCUCCGAUAGUUUUGUUUUUUAAUUUUAACAGGCAGUGUAUGCCGACUUUUAAAACGUGUUGCAAUCAAAAAGCUGUCGUUGGGAACAUGUUUGGAACUAGCAACGGGUCAUUCUAAGCCAGUUGACUAAUUUUAUUAACUUGACUCUGCAGUCGGCCAGGACAGGUGAGAACACCUGCAUUAUAUUAACACCAUGAUUAAGUGUUUGCCUGAAGAAGUGCAGGGGAAGCUUCGCUCCGGGGUCGCCAUUCCCUCCCUUCAGCAGAGCGUAGAGGAGCUCAUCCUCAACAGCAUUGAUGCCGAGGCGACCUGUGUGGGGGUGAGGGUGGACAUGGAGGCAUUCAAAGUACAGGUGGUCGACAACGGGGCUGGGAUAAAGGCUGAGGAUAUGGAGUGCGUGGGAAACCGAUACUACACAAGCAAAUGCAGCACUGUUGGAGAUCUGGACAACCUCAGGUGGUAUGGGUUCAGAGGAGAAGCCCUGGCAAGUGUCGUCUCACUUGCCACACUAGUUGAAAUCUCCACCCGGACCAGAUCAUCGGUAAAAACUCACAUCAAAAUCUUCAAGGAUGGCAAGGGCAUGGAUGUGUUUGAAGCGGAGACUGCUCGACCCUCUUCAGGGACGACUGUUGUCAUUUGUAACUUCCUCCACAACAUGCCAGUGCGGAGGAAGAGGAUGGAUGCUGUCCUGGAGGGCGAGAGGAUCAGACACCGGGUGGAGGCCAUUUCACUGAUGCAUCCCUCUGUGUCUUUCACCCUGAAGAAUGACUGCACAGGAGCCAUGACGGUGCAGCUUCCUAAAGCGAGAAGCACCUACCACAGGUUUGUGCAGAUACACAGCCUCGGGCGAGCACAGAAGCUUGGAGAAAUCAGCCACACUCAUGGCCAGUUUGAAGUGAUAGGUUACAUUGGCAGAGAAGGCCACUACAAUAACAGCUUGCAGUUCCUGUAUGUGAAUGACAGACUGCUCCUGAAAACACGGAUACACAAGCUUCUGAACCUUCUCCUUCGCAGACUGAGCAGUUCAAAACAGAAAAACGACAGUCCAGACGGGCAGUCUGCUCACAGGAGUCCAAAGCACAAACGAAGCCAAGAACUGCAUGGAGUGUACGUCAUCAAUAUCAAAUGCCUUUUUUCAGAGUAUGACAUAUGUCUUGAGCCUGCCAAAACUCUAAUAGAAUUCAAAGAUUGGGAUGAGAUUUUGCUAUGCAUAGAGGAGGCAGUGAAAGCUUUCCUGAGCAAGGAGAACUUGGUGGCUGUGCUUUCUCAAGAUGACUUGGACUUUGUAGCUCCCAAUUUGUUUUGCACUCACAACACAGACCAAGAGGGGCGUAACAUGGGCAAUGGUGACCAAGCAGCUGGCAGAGCUUUCUCACUAGAUUGUACUUUUGGAAUGAAACUGGCAUCUAAUCCUGUUUAUCGAAGGCGCAAAGACUCCUGUAUACACAAGGACAGUGUUGGUCAGGAGUGUGGUCCGAUGGAGGGCAAGGAAGAGACUGAAGAACAGGGGAAGCAAAAGAUAACUGCACAUGAGUUGGAAAAAAUAAAUGGUGUAGAGCGUAUAAACAAAGAAUAUAGAUCUGAGCCACUGUGUGAUUUGGCUAGACUUGAAGCUGCAUCUGAUGAUAACAUUACUGUGGAAGAGGAGUCAACCAUUAGUGACGCUGGGGAAGACACUCAAGUGUUAUGUAUGUCAAAUUCACUAGAAAGUGAAAAACUGGAACCCUCAAAAGAAAAAGAGAUGCCAUUCAACACAACUACCUCAGCCAGCAGUGUGAUCCCACUAGUCAGCAUCUAUCAACAAAUUCAACCGGCUUUAAAUGGUAUUGAGCAAAUAUUACCCGACUGCCAGGGUGCAGGAGGACAUGAACUUACUUCAAUAAAUGACAGAAGGAUCAGCCUGUCUGAUCCAUACAUUCAUGAAAAUCUGCUCACUCGGGACGUGUCCCAAAUCAACAAGUCAGUGUUUCAGCAACAAGUUUUAGUACAGAAAUGUGAGGAGAGAUCCGUUGCAUCAAAACGCAAAAUCUCACUGUGUGCCGACCAUGACAUAACUUGUCAGAAACCAUCCAUCGACAUAAUUCCCUCAAAGGUACACAGAAUUUCAACUUGUCAAAAGUUGUCUUUAUGUAAGGAGCCUGGAUCCCUUGAGAAGUUCAGAAGAACAUGUGGUCAAGCUGAUGAACUGAAAUUACCCUCUCAAGCGACUCAUCAAGAGAAUAAUACAGACUGCUUUGUUCUGAAUUCCCAGAACGCGUCUGUUUGCCAGAAAGAACAGCAAGAUGGUGGUGGUACAGAAAAAGAAGAGACAUGGAGCCGCCUCCGAAGCCCAUUAACCCUCAAAGCAUUCACCAAGUUAAAACCAGCCUCAGGACUGAAUAGAGGACGAAUAUCUUUGGCAGCUAAACUCUUCCAUUUGAAACAACUCAGGACAGACGAUUCAAACGUAUUACCACACUUGUCGAGGACUACCUCACGGGACAAAACCUGUCUCCGUCGUGGCAAUGAUGGCAGCCAAGACGGCAAUAACAACGAUAGUCACUGCGCCAUGCCACCGAACCCUGAGACAGCCCGUGGUUGCUGUGAAAGUCUUCCACUGGCUGAGAGGGAAGAGGAUACAACAUUGGGGGACUGGCUUCAUCACUACGAUACAUCUGUAGGAAAGAUAGUUUAUAUCAACAAAGUGACUGGGCUCAGCCGAUAUGAAGACCCACCGACUGAAGAAACCCACGCACGCUGUACAUCUGAUGUCACCAAUAUGGCAGUUAGUGUCAUCUCUGAAAGGGAUGUCAAUGUUGAGAGGUCCAACUCACUGAAGUCGUUGUACUCAAAGUGGAAUAAUCCUGUGUUUGUCUGCCCUCCUACGGUUGGUGUGGACAUAUCAAGUGGGCAAGCUGAGGGACUGGCCGUCAAGAUCCACAACAUCCUGUUUCCAUACCGCUUUUCUAAGGCCAUGAUUCACUCAAUGAAGGUUAUUCAUCAGGUGGAUAAGAAGUUUCUUGCAUGUCUCAUCAAUACGAGAGAUGAGGAGUCUGCAGCACUCGCUGAAGGAAACCUUCUAGUGCUGGUAGAUCAACACGCUGCACACGAGAGAGUUCGACUUGAAAAUCUACUUGCAGAUUCUUAUGAGGAUGACCCAGAGGCCCCUGGGGAGAGACGUCUGUGUUCAUCAACCAUUUUGCCACCUCUCCAGAUCAGUGUAACAGAGGAAGAGCAAAGGCUACUUAGGUCUUGUGAAGCACAUUUGCGGAGUUUGGGCCUGGAAGUGAAGUUCUCACAGGCAGCGAAUCCACAAGCUUUAGUAGGAAAGGUACCGCUGUGCUUCAUGGAAAAGGAGAGUAAUGAGCUCAGGCGGGGGAGACCAUCAGUCAUCAAGCCUAUUGUUAAGGAGUAUCUUCAAGAGCAGAUCGAGUUGCUCUGCUCAACUGGUAGAGUCAGAGGAACUCUGCCUCUCACUGUGCUGAAGGUGCUCGCCUCACUAGCAUGCCAUGGUGCCAUCAAAUUCAAUGACAGCCUGAGUAGAGAUGAAUGCUGCAGCCUGGUGGCAUCCUUGUCCUCCUGUCAGUUGCCCUUCCAGUGUGCUCAUGGCCGUCCAUCCAUUGCUCCCUUAGUAGACACCCUCCAUUUGGACAAAGACGAGAAGGAAUUACAGAAACCCAACCUCCAAAAGCUGAGAAGAAUGUAUAAAGCGUGGGAACUUUAUGGAAAUAGAUAAGUGGGUGUGUCUUUACUGUCAACAAAAUAAUUUGUAACCGAAACCUCUUGUUUGUAAAUUCACAGGAAGACUUUUAAUAUAAACAACAUAUUUAACAUGUAUAGCAAAUAUACACAAGUCGUACACAAAAACAGUUUAUGAAGGAAUUCUUAAACUGAAUUAAACAAUAACAAUUGAUAUUCCCUUGACUUCACAGUGGGGGGGGGGAAUCAUGAUUUAGGAAAAUAAAAAAAUGUAUGUUAUUAAAACAACCCAUCACCAGUUUGAUUGAUAUUUCAUGGAGGAC